CUCGAAGUCAAACAUCCUCUCCAUGUCCCUCCAUACCCUCCCAGAAGAAGUCCUCCAAGGUGUUAUUGGCAACCUCUCCUCUCAUCAGGAUGUUGCCUCACUUUCCCUGCAAUGUCGCCGCAUACAUCGCCUGUGUGAGAUGUCCACUCGGCGCAAAUACCGCCGGGUAAGGCUGCGAGACACCUUUGAUUUCGCAAAGGCAUUUGGAAUGUUACUCUCAAUCUUAAAGAAACCACGACUGGGUUUGUAUGUCCGUAAUAUUCAGCUGGAGCGAUCGCCAGCAGUAGGGUACGGAUUCGUGGAAUCCUACAAACCACGCCCUGCAGAAAGGGCACUGGCGUUAGAUGACCUAUACAGGCUCAAAAAAGCUAUUGAACGAUUGGGUUUUGAGUUGGUGGAAAAGCAGGAGAAGAUUUUAAAUAUGCUCCAGGCUCCCGCUAUCAUGUAUGACGACGACCCCCGAUCCCCGUUUCUGGCCCAAGCACUGGCAGCCGUCUUAGUCUCGGUCUCGCCUAUGCUUGAGUCACUUAGCUUCUGCCCCGUUGGAUAUGAGGCACCCAAGCUCUUGAGAUUGGAAGCAGAAGCGGACGGUGAACCGCUUCCCAUAUCCGAUUAUGUAUUCAAGCAUUUCCUGGAACUGGCCAGCAUCCGUGGGAAGAACAUGCCGUUCUUACAGAACCUCCGAGCUGUUAGGUUCCUAGUCGAUCCGAAUACCCGCGUGUAUCAUUCGUCAUAUUAUCAACCCUAUGACCUAUUCACAAGUCUUAAUCUAGUGCGACGUCUGCCGGCAGUGGAAUCUAUCCGCAUGGAUGCUAUUGCGGACGCGGAUCUCCCUAGUGUUGAGCCUCCACCACGGUUAGGAAAUUAUACCUGUGUCACGAUACAGCACUCCAGCCUUAGUUACCCAUACCUGGUAUAUACAAUCGAAUCAGCCAAGCGCUUGGAGAAGUUCACAUAUGGGAUUGGCGGCCGCUCCUCAUGGAACGGUAUGCUGACGCACUUCCAUCCAGAGCGCGUCUUUCGGGCGCUUUUUGCUCAUCAAGCCUCUCUGCGCCAGCUGGAUCUCGAUGUAGAGGAGGAAACUCGUCUACUGGACCUUGAUAGUCUGAGGUAUCUUAAGUAUAACCCAGAAGAAGAAGAGCACGAGUCGCCCCGGGACGAUCCAGUUUACCUACAUGAGUGGGCUGAUGAACUUGAGAAGCUUCCUGCGGUGGACGAAUCGACUGCAGAUUUUUGCUGUCUUCGAAAUUUGUUGCAACUGGAGGACCUCAGUCUAGGAGUUCAUAUUCUUUAUCUUUAUGCGCGUGGAUACGGCGGUGACCAGCUCGAUAAUGGAUCGUUUUCCCUUGUCGAUCGCCUGCCGCCCAACCUCGUGUCACUUCGCAUAUACGGCUAUAAGAAGGGAAUGAAGCCGCGGCUGAAAGGUGUUUCGCAGAACUCGCUUGAGGAACAGCUUGCCAAGCUGAUGGCGGAGAAAGAUGAAAAACUCCCCCGACUUGGCGUUGUUGAGGGUAUCGAAGAGCCGAUCCCGAAUGGCGAGACGAUAGAGGGGCCCAUGAAUAAAGAUAGGCUUUGGAAGGGGGAUGCAGACGAUGAUUGGACGGUGUACGAGUAUGCAUAAGAGGCAUAAGGCUACCAACAAAUAUGAGAUUCAAGCUCGUGCUGAGUCCGUGACGCGUGAUCUGGCUCCUCUAAUUUGAUAUCUAUGCGAUCUACUGCGGAGCUUGCCGGCAAGCAAAUGCAGGAAGUCAAGACCAAAGCAGUGGGAAACUACCUACGGCUUUCCGUACUCCAUUCUUGAUGAGCUGAGGGAGGCUGCUCAGAUUGUGACCGAUUCUACCCCUACAGCAACACCGCGGUGAGAACAAGAGAGUAGCUCAGAAGAUCCAGGGCAGAUGUGCCUUGAAAACAAGCGAUGC